CUCUCUAAAAACUCUCUCUCUCCUCCGAAGAUAAACUUUCCGCUUGGUCGCCUUGUCUGAUAAACUCGUCUUUGAGUUCUCCCCAGAUUCUAUCCUACAGUUGCUGCUCUUCCCUCUCUCAGGAUUUGUUGAUUCUGUACAGAAUUCAUUUGCAUCAAUAAUUGUUUAGUAUCCAUCAAGAUCUUUUGAUCUUCUUCCCCAUUGCCUUAACAAAUUAAAAUACUGUAAAUUUCACCCGCCGAAAGAUGUUUGGGUUAAAGAAAUCUCCUCUAAAGUUUGGCAAACAUAACACGGUUGACCCUGUAUAUCCUAAUCCUUCUCGCACGAACCCAUUUGACUCUGAUGAUGAAAUUGAGACCAAGCCAAAACAUAAUUCCUCGAGGAGGACUUCUUCUGAGCCCACGUUGUUUGUACCGGAAUCCAGCACCAACCCUUUUGAUGAUGAUGAUCAAGGAAGAGGAACAACGUCGUCUUUGUACUCGCACUCAUCCACUUUGGCAGCAAGGAACAAGUACAAGAACGAUUUCCGCGAUUCGGGAGGAUUAGAGAACCAAUCGGUGCAAGAAUUGGAGGACUAUGCAGUGUACAAGGCCGAAGAGACUACAAAGUCUGUCAAUAACUGCCUGAAGAUUGCUGAGGAUAUGAGAGAGGAUGCUACGAAGACUUUGGUUCUCUUGCAUCAUCAGGGUGAGCAAAUUACCAGGACCCACACAGUUGCAGCUGACAUUGAUUAUGACCUUAGUCGGGGUGAGAAGCUUCUAGGAAGCCUUGGGGGCAUCUUCUCAAAGACUUGGAAGCCUAAGAAAACCCGUCAAAUAAAAGGCCCUGUUAUAGUAGGAGAUGAUGUCCAAAGGAAAGUCGCUCACAUGGAGCAGAGGGAGAAAUUGGGGUUGGCUCCUCUCCCCAAGGCACGGACAAAGGCACAAACACUGCACCCUGAACCAACAGAUGCUUAUCAGAAAGUCGAGGUAGAAAAGGCAAAGCAAGAUGAUGCACUUUCGGACUUAAGUAACAUGUUGGGAGAGUUGAAGGAUAUGGCUGUUGACAUGGGAACUGAAAUUGAGAGGCAUAACAAGGCUCUGGAUCAUAUGUAUGAUGAUGUUGAUGAGCUGAAUUACCGCGUUAGAGGUGCCAACGAGCGUGGUCGUCGUUUGCUUGGCAAGUAAAGAGCAUGCAUGGUGGUUAUUUUACUUCCUGGAAUGCUGCCUGCUAAUUCUUGCUUUGCCUCCUUCCGGCCGCUCUAUUCCAUCUGGAUUUAGAUAAUCUUCUCUUCUUUUUCCCUUGUAUUUGAACUUUGUAUACGCUGUUAAAACACAGUUAUUCUUCUUGUCUGUAAUUGAUUUGAGGCUUUACAUUGUUUAUAUUCCACUAUCUUUUGGGACUUGGGGCUUGAAAAUGGUCAGAAAAUUGUUACAAUCCCCUUGGGUAGAACUCAUCCUUAAAAGCUAGCUUAUAGGGAGAGGGUGUUCAAGUGGUUAUGAACCCAUAUGUUAAAACUCAUACUUUAACACUGUGAAA